UGUGUACCAUCAUCGAUGGCGACAGAUGCGGUGGUGUUGAAACACGGAGCGGGGGAGAAGGAUGCGCACACGGGCGCGUGCUGCCAUACAGGGCCCGGGUACGCCACCCCGCUGGAGGCCAUGUCUGGUCCCAGAGAAGCUCUGAUCUAUGUCACUUGCGUUUACGCUGGAACAGGAAGAGAGAAGCCUGAUUACCUGGCCACGGUGGACAUAGAUCCAAGCUCUCCUACUUAUUCAAAAGUUAUCAACAGGUUGCGCGUGCCAUAUAUAGGUGAUGAACUACAUCAUUCAGGGUGGAAUGCAUGUAGUUCUUGCCAUGGAGAUCCAUCGGCAGACCGGCGUUUUCUCAUCCUACCUUCACUUGUAUCUGGUCGCAUAUAUGUGAUUGACACUAAAACCAAUCCAAAAGCUCCGGCCUUGCAUAAAGUUGUUGAGCCCGAAGAUAUUGUUCAGAAGACUGGUUUAGCUUAUCCACACACAUCCCAUUGCCUUGCUUCUGGAGACAUAAUGGUUUCAUGUCUUGGAGAUAAAGAUGGAAAUGCUGCAGGGAAUGGCUUUCUUCUACUUGAUUCUGAAUUUAAUGUGAAAGGAAGGUGGGAGAAACCAGGGAAUACUCCACUGUUUGGCUAUGAUUUCUGGUACCAACCACGACACAAAACCAUGAUAAGCUCAUCAUGGGGUGCCCCUGCUGCUUUCACUAAAGGUUUCAACCUUCAACAUGUUUCUGAUGGUUUGUAUGGGAGGCAUCUGCAUGUGUACAGCUGGCCUGGGGGCGAACUGAGACAAAUAAUGGAUCUUGGCAACACAGGGCUCUUACCUUUGGAGAUAAGGUUCUUGCAUGAUCCUUCAAAAGACACAGGAUUUGUUGGGUGUGCCUUGACAAGUAACAUGGUGCGAUUUUUCAAGACCCAAGAUGGCUCAUGGAGCCAUGAGGUUGCAAUAUCAGUGAAGCCAUUGAAGGUGCAAAACUGGAUUCUUCCAGAAAUGCCUGGGCUUAUUACUGAUUUUCUGAUCUCUCUUGAUGAUCGUUUUCUGUACUUCGUGAACUGGCUUCAUGGGGAUGUGAGGCAGUAUAACAUUGAGGAGCCUAAGAAUCCUGUAUUGACAGGACAGGUGUGGGUUGGGGGACUCUUACAGAAGGGCAGCCCAAUAGUCGCUGAGGGAGAAGAUGGUAAAACAAGGCAGUUUGAUGUGCCAGAGAUCAAGGGAAAGAGAUUGAAAGGAGGACCUCAAAUGAUCCAGUUAAGUUUAGAUGGGAAGCGGCUAUAUGUCACCAACUCACUCUUUAGCACAUGGGAUCGUCAGUUUUAUCCUGAGCUUGUGGAGAAGGGAUCUCACAUGUUACAGCUUGAUGUCAACACUGACAAAGGUGGCCUAACAAUAAACCCGAGAUUUUUCGUGGAUUUUGGAGAUGAACCUGAUGGUCCUUCACUUGCCCACGAGAUGAGAUAUCCUGGUGGUGACUGCACUUCAGAUAUAUGGAUUUGAGCAACUGAUCCUUUCUAUACCAAUGAAGGCUAAUCUCUUAACAUAUAAUAGGAUACAGUGAUAUGUCUUCAAUGGAGCAUUUGGGGGCAGGAUAGUCUUCAAUGGAUGAAUAAUAAUGUCUGCACUUUCAGUCAAUACAUAUUAUCCAACUCUCUUAUCUGCUGUGAAAGAAAUAAACAGAUAAUUAUGUCAUCA